AUGGUGAAAAUCGUACUUGCUGGAGGCGCUGGAAAUGUUGGACGGGAAGUUCUGGAGGCACUUUUAGUCGAGGGAAAACAUAAGAUCAAAGUAUUUUCCCGAAAAGAAGUUCCAGACUUAGCUAGUCAGGAAGUUACAGUAGAUAUCGUAGAUUGUUUAGAUAAAGCAGCACUUGUGCAUGCACUUGAAGAAGUCGACACCGUUCUCUCAUUUAUCAUUACAUUCAAUGAUCCAAAUAAUCAAUCUCAGACAAAUCUCAUUGAUGCAUGCAUCGAAGCCGUCGUUCGUCGGUUCGCACCCAGUGAGUGGGCUACCAGAAGUCAUUGUGGAAUGCCUGCAUAUGAGGGAAAAGAUCAAAUUUUGGAAUUCACUUUAUUUCAGUGUGGAUUGUUCUUGAAUUAUUUCAGUUACCCACAUCCCACGGCGAAAUUUAUGCAAAUAUUUCCAAUGCCAAUAGAUGUUGAGAAUUGCAGAGCUAUUAUUCAUAAGGAUACAAAUGCCAGAAUCACUUUGACCUCCGUGCAAGAUUUGGCAAGAAUUGUCACAAAGGCAGUAGACUAUGAAGGCGCAUGA